AUGUGGCGGUGUGCACGAAAUAGCCAGGACAAGAGCACAGAGCGCACAUCGCAGCGUGGUAGGGAUGAGCGAUACCCUCCAUACAACCAGCGGAUGUCCGAGACUCGAUAUGACACCACUACUAAUCCCAACCCUACGAACUCAAGCUGGAGCUGGGAAUCCUGGCGAUCGCAAUCAAGCUUCUCAAACCUAUCUGCUGGCUCAGAGAGGGAAUCCCGGGAUUCGGAUUCAGGGCACACGCAAACGCACAUCGAGUUGUUGAGAAAGUACAUCGAGGCAGAGCCGUACAGCGCCUUAUUUGGGCGUAGAUUAGAUCCAUUUAACAACUUCGGCCAAUAUGAUACUUUAUGGAACGGCUUUUUGCAAUCGUUAUCCAGAACAAAAAAGUCCAACAACACCAAAUCCCCACGAGCAGACAAAUGGCAACCAAAAAGUUACCCCAAUCAUGUUGGACUUCAGUAUGAUCCCAUCAGUGGACGUACUGAAGUCGAGGCAAACUUUGCCUCGGACCCCAGUUUGACAGAAAACGGACAAGUCCAGCCAGGAAGCACGGGAUCAAAUCCUAUAGCUCUGUUGAGCUCGCAGUCAACAAGUGAUUACCCUCCAGGUAGCGAACUGGAGACAAUUUUCAAUGCAACUCCUAUCAUAUCUCAGGAUGCGCAUGCCAAGACUCAAAAUUACCAGGCAAAUGAGAGAAAACCUGAUAUGGGUUUCGAUUGUCCCCUUGGAAACGAAUUAGACUCAUUAUUAGUUUCUGAAUCUGAUUCUUCAGUACAAACCCAGCCGGACAGGUUCAAGGUAGAUGAAACCCCCAAUGGACUGAACCUGGAUGCCGGGUUGAGCGUGGGCACCAGCGUGGAAUGCUCUCCAGGCAGUGAACUGGAGGCCAAAUCCAUCUCUCAUCCUGCCAGCCGCUGUGUUCGGAGCCCUCCGUCUAGAUUAGAGACACAGUGCCCAAAUAAGCAACUGGGAAUUUCCGUUGAUUGCCCGCCUGGGAAUGAGCUAGAUGCUAAACUCUCUUCCGAAGCUACUGGGUUUAUCCCCAAGACAGAUAAUCCUACCUAUAAGGAUAUCAACAAAAUCACUCAUACAUCUCAUCAAGGAAGCUUUGAGUGCUCGCCAGGGAGCGAGAAUGAAACACGAAUUGUGUUUGAAUCAACCAGCCAGGGCGUUCCCGAGUCGAAAGCACAGACUCCAAUUAAUUGUCCUCCUGGAGGUGAACUGGAGACCAAUUUCAUCUGCAAUCAAGCUUCUGCCAAGGGAAAGGUUUUGCAGGCAGACAUGUCCCCUAGCGUUGAUAGCUCCCCCGAAGCCAAUAUCGCUGUCGAUUGUGCACUCGGGAAUGAGUUGGAGGCCAAGUUCAUUUGUGAUAUGGCGAGUGCUAAGAGUUCUGAUGGGCGUGAGGAUAUGGGGGCCUUGAAUGCUGACGAAAUUCGUUCUCGUUACGUUCCUUCGGAAUCAAAUACAAAGCCACCCCUGUUGGAAUCUGAUGCUUCAGAGGACCGUGUAGGCGAUUCUAUCUUGCAACGUCAGAACCCAGCCAUUGAAAACACAGAGCAACCACCGAUUUCUCACAAAAGGAGCCCUAAAUUUCAUAUUCUUGCUUUCGAUACGUCGACAUCGCAGGUUUCAGCGACGGAAGCAGACUCAUUCUUCGGUAUCGACAAGGAUGCCCGACCAAAUGAAAUUUUAUUCCGACUACACAGCCCUGCCAAGUUCAUACCCUAUUUUAAGAAGAUGGAGGAAGAUGGGUACGAGAUUGCAACCGGCGGGGGCAAUAUUCUCGUCUUCCGCAAGGCCCAGAGCGAUCCUAGUCAUACUUUACCCUCCAGUACCGCGACAAACCAAGACCCAUCAAUCCAUCCAGAUGUUGUCGAAUAUCUUCUCCACGAUUCCCUAGACCCCGCCAGCGUAUACCCCGGGGGUCCAAACCCACCCACCACUGAGCCUCCGACGCCCGGACCAUUCAACCUCGAGCCCGAAGUAACCCAGAAUUCGGAGUCUACGUUUCGCAAAGCAGGUCGCAGAAUGCUCCUAGCAGGCACUAUCACUGCAGCGACAUGCUAUGCCAUCGGAGUCGUAACGGAGUUCUUCCGCACCGGUGGACAGGAUGGGCGUGGAACCGAUGGGCUCACUGCAUUUGAGGCGGAUCGGCGUCAUCGAGAGUAG